AUGGACGAAGAGGAAGUUAAGUCAAAAGACUGUCACGGUCUCGAACAGAUCGAGACUUUGAACCAAAGUCUCCGGAAUCACUGGAGAGCGUUUAAAGAAGCCCGAAAAUAUAAAAGACUCUAUUGCAUUCCUGUCCUUGUUCUUUCUCGGCCUCUCUGUUUAAUAUUUCAACUAUACUUCUAUGGGAACCGAUUCGGUCAGCAUGAACUUGCUCCCAUCCUCAGCUCGCUCUUCGAUCGUCUUGCUCGACUUCUCUCUUCGUUUGACUGCUUCGGACGGUCCGAUAAUGUGCAUCGAUCCCGCUCCUCAGCCCGCCCGAUCACCCCAUCGUUGCUUCAGACGAGCAUUCUGGCAGAGUUCAGGGACCGGACCGUGAUUGAGCAAAUCAGGAUGCCAUGGAUGGCAUGGGGAAAUGCCAUGGAACAGACCAUGGUCCGGGAGAACCCCGAGCUUCAACGCUUGGGACCUCUCCUGGUUAUGUCGGGGGGAACGCAAUUUAAACUUGAGAAUCCUCCCCUCAAGCAGCAGACUGCGGAGCUAGCGUUCCAACUCGCAGCGUGUCGGACUAGCGCAAUCUUCAAUACGUGGUACAUGUACUGGUAUCUGAAGAGUCUCUGGAUUGAAGACCAGAAUCGUGUCAAAGUCGCCGCCACCACGCCCCGGGCCAAUCACUCCAUCCUCAGCGAUCAGCAACGGGACGAAGUGGAGUCAUCUCUACAUCAGGUGACUGAGUGA